AUGAAUGAGGCAGAGGGCCUGCGGCAGCGCCGGCCGCUCCGCCCGCAGGUCAUCACCGAGGACAGCCCGGCGCAGGAGGCCAAGGAAGGCAGCACUUACAGCAGCAAGGUGUUCCGUGUUACCUUCUUGACUUUGGCUGCAUCUCUGACUGUGCCCCUGCUUGGAGUAACUCUUUUACUGGAUUCUCCCAUAGACCCUCAGCCUAUAAGCUUGAAGGAACCUCCCCUCCUGACAGGCGUGCUCGAGCCCAACAUCAAGUUACAAAAAGCUGAGAGGUUAUGGGAAAAUCAGCUAGUUGGGCCAGAGUCCAUUGUCAAUAUUGGGGAUGUGCUGUUUACUGGGACAGCUGAUGGGAAGAUUAUCAAAAUUGAAGAUGGGGAGCUAGAAACAAUAGCCAGAAUUGGCCAUGGGCCUUGUGGAAGCCGUGAAGAUGAGCCAACGUGUGGAAGGCCACUUGGUAUCAGAGUGGGGCCAAAUAACACCCUUUUUGUGGCAGAUGCCUAUUAUGGACUCUAUGAAGUCAAUCCUAGUACAGGGGAAACGAAGAUGCUUGUGUCGACCAAAACACCAAUUGAAGGUCAGAAGUUGUCCUUUUUGAAUGAUCUUACAGUGACACGGGAUGGGAGGAAGAUCUACUUCACUGACUCCAGCAGCAAAUGGCAAAGACGAGACUACCUGUUCUUGACUAUGGAAGGCACAGAUGAUGGACGCUUGCUUGAAUAUGACACAGUAACAAAAGAAGUAAAAGUCUUAAUGGUAGGACUGAGAUUUCCCAAUGGUGUCCAGCUCUCUCCUGCAGAAGACUUCGUCCUCGUGCAGGAAACAACCAUGGCUAGAAUCAGAAGGUAUUAUGUGUCUGGGUUGAUGAAAGGUGGAGCAGAUAUGUUUGUUGAGAAUCUACCUGGUCUUCCAGAUAAUAUCAGGUUAAGCAGCUCUGGAGGAUAUUGGGUAGCUAUGGCAUUUGUCCGGCCCAAUCCUGGAUUUUCCUUGUUGGAUUUCCUGUCUGAAAAACCAUGGAUUAAAAGGAUGAUAUUUAAGCUGCUGAGUCAGGAGACAGUGACAAAGUUUGUGCCCAAAUACAGCCUUGUUGUUGAACUUAGUGAGACAGGAUCCUACAGAAGAAGCUUCCAUGAUCCCAAUGGAGUGAGAGUAGCUUAUGUCAGUGAAGCACAUGAGCACGAUGGAUAUCUUUACCUGGGAUCCUUCCGGUCUCCAUUUAUCUGCAGACUUAAUCUUCAGCAUGUUUAACUGUCCAGCCAUGAUCAAGUGCCACUGUCUCUAAUACUCCUGAGGUAUGAGGGAAGAAUGUGACC